AUGCAAAGCGCCGAAACGGCAUCGGCGGACAGGUUGAGAAAUGAUAAUGCAGAAGGACGCGCUCUCCCGCGCCGGACUGCGGGCCUGCGCUCUACACCGGACUCUACAGUCGAGGGACAGAGAGACUGCGGCCGCGACCCUGCCGCCCUGCCGCCCUACCGCCCUACCGCCCGCCUCCUGGCCGCACUCUGUUCGCGGACAGUUGCUACUGCCGGCUUCAAAUAUACGUGGGGU